ACCUGGGCUCUGACCGACCGCCUCCCUUCGUCUGUCCCAGGAGCCGAGAGUGAAGGCAGGAGCGUCUUGCUCGCCCUGGACACCAGGUCCCAGGAGCUCCCGGUUGGCAAGUGACAACUGUGGGAUGUGAGUCUGGCUGGAAGCCAGAGGUAAACCGCCAAGUCACUGCCCUCAACAUGUCACAGGUGAUGUCCAGCCCUCUGCUUGCAGGAGGCCCCGCAGUCGGCUUGGCUCCCUGUGAGGAACCCAGGAGGGUCCUGCACCCGGCCCCCAGCCCGAGCCUGCCGCUGCAGUGUCCCUACUAUACCACGGAAGGCUGGGGAGUGCAGGCCCUGAUGGCCCCCGUGCCCUGCAAGGGGCCCCCUGGCAGGCUCCAGCCAACCCCACAGGCUGGAACCAAUGCCAGCUGCCUCCUGCAGGCCCCAGGGGAGCAGGUCUCAGGGGCUCGGGAGGACCUUGACUCCUACAUUGACUUCUCACUGGAGAGCCUCAACCAGAUGAUUCUAGAGUUGGACCCCACAUUCCAGCUGCUCCCUCCAGGGCCUGGUGGCCCCGAGGCCCAGCCCACCCAGAGCACUACCUUGAGGAAGAAGAAAGAAGAGCCUGAAGCCUUGGAUAUAAAGUACAUCGAGGUGACCUCCACCAGGCCAAGGUGCCACGAUGGCCCGCGGAGCUGCUGCAGCCCAUCUGUCACCCCACCCUUUGGCUCCCCGUGCGCUGGCGGCCUUCUCCUUUCCAGAGACCUCCCCCGAGAGACCCGAAGCAGCAGCGAGAGCCUCAUCUUCUCUGGGAGCCAGGGCAGGGGGCACCAGCGCCCCGCUCCCCCCUCGGCAUCUUCCUCCUCUCACUCCCCAGCAUCUCCCAGCAUCUCCAUUCCUGGCAUGGGGAGUAAGACCUCAGGCCCCCAUGGCUUGGGCUCCCCACUGGUGGCUUCCCCAAGCUUGGAGAAGGGGCUGGGGGGCCAGGGCCCACAGCUGGGCAGCAGGAUCUCCAUGCUCUCAGGCAGCCCAGCGUCUGAUGUCAGCUAUGUGUUUGGAAGCAGCCAGUCCCUCCUCCACUCCAGCAUCUCCAGCCAUCAGUCAUCUUCUAGAUCCUUGGAAAGCCCCAGCAGCUCUUCCUCCAGCCUCCACAGCCUUGGUCCAGUGUCCCCGUAUAUGAGAGCCUGUGACCUCCAGGUCCCCAGCAACGCCACCCCAAGCAUGGGCCAGCCCAGAGCAACCCGCUCCCCACCUCUGGCCAAGGAACAAGCCAGCAGCUGCCCGCCAUCUAUCACUAACUCCAUGGUGGACAUACCCAUCGUGCUGAUCAACGGUUUCCCAGAGCCAGGAUCUCCCCCAUCCCAGAGGACCCCAGGACCCCAGGACUUUGUUCGCCCUGGGGCUACUUCCUCCAGCACACCCUGUCCAGCCCCCAGGAGCCACAGCCAGACCCUCCCAGAAGCCCCUCCCACCACAUCCCCGGAGGGUCCUGCCAGGGACAUGCAGCCCACCAUGAAGUUUGUGAUGGACACAUCUAAAUACUGGUUUAAGCCAAGCAUCUCCCGAGAACAAGCCAUCGAGCUGCUGAGGAAGGAGGAGCCGGGGGCUUUCAUCGUGCGGGACAGUUCUUCAUACCGGGGCUCCUUCGGCCUUGCCCUGAAGGUGCAGGAGGCCCCCACACCUGCCCAGAGCCGACCAGGUAGGCCGUCUGUGUAUUUGAUCAAGGCCUCUUAGAGGCACCUGGGUUGGGUGGAUUCCAGUCCCAGCUCUGCCGCUCACUUGCAGGGAGACCUUGGGCCUCCCAUCCUGGGAGGAUGGACCUUGGUCUCCCAGUAUUGAGGCUCCCCAAGUCCCCAGACUCCUUGCUCUGCCCCUGGUGGGAAGAAGAGGAGGGUCCCAGCCCCCCUCCAGCCUGCUCUCUUCUGGUA